AGGCAGCCUGACCGCCACAGCAGCCGCUGCCCGCCGGCCGGCCGGGGUCGCGCUCUGCGCCUGCGCCGUGCGGCGCGGCUGUUUCCAUAGCAGCGGAAAACAACGGGGCGGGCGCGGCGCGGCGCCGUUUGCUGCCUCGGCUGCUCCGCCAUGAGCGUGCCGGAGGUGGAGGCGCUCGUCUCCCAGAAGUACGAGAUCAAGAGGCGGCUGGGCAAGGGGGCUUAUGGCAUUGUAUGGAAAGCAAUUGAUCGCAGGACAGGAGAAAUAGUUGCUGUUAAAAAGAUUUUUGAUGCCUUCAGGAACAGAACAGAUGCUCAGAGAACAUUUCGAGAGAUUAUGUUCCUACGGGAAUUUGGAGAACAUCCAAAUAUCAUCAAGCUGCUUGAUGUUAUCCGUGCUCAGAAUGACAAAGACAUCUACCUCAUCUUUGAGUCCAUGGAGACAGAUUUACAUGCUGUGAUUAAGAAGGGAAAUUUACUGAAAGACAUCCACAAGUGUUACAUUCUCUACCAACUUCUGAAAGCAACUAAAUUCAUCCACUCAGGAAAUGUUAUUCACAGAGAUCAGAAGCCUUCCAAUAUCUUGCUGGAUGCAGACUGCUUUGUAAAACUUUGUGAUUUUGGACUGGCCCGUUCUCUGUGUCACAUGAAUGAGGAUCAAGGCAACCCUGCCUUAACAGAGUAUGUGGCAACACGCUGGUACCGAGCCCCUGAGAUCUUACUUUCCUCUCGGAGCUACACUAAAGGGGUAGAUAUGUGGAGCAUUGGCUGUAUUCUGGGGGAACUGCUACUUGGGAAGCCUCUUUUUCCUGGAACAUCAACAGUGAAUCAAAUAGAGCAGAUCUUGAGGGUCAUUCCUGCCCCAUCCCGAGAAGAUAUUUUGGCUAUGCAAUCAGAUUACAGGGCCUCAGUUAUUAGCCGCAUGAGUUCCUGGCAACGAGUAACUUUUGAGGAGAUUUUACCAUCCUCUACUCCUUUGCCUGCCUUGGAUCUUCUGAAGAAACUUUUAGUGUUUAACCCUGAUAAACGGCUGACAGCAGAGGAGGCCCUUCAGCAUCCUUACGUGAAAAGGUUUCAUUGUCCUGCCAGGGAGCCCUCUUUGGAUUAUGAUGUGAUUCUUCCUUUAGUUGAUGAUAUCCAGCUAUCUGUGGCAGAAUAUCGAAAUAAAUUGUAUGAGAUGAUCCUUGAAACGAAAGUAAAUAGCCAUCCAAAGGAGCAAAUGCAGAGAGAAAACAUUCAACUAAGUCAAUCUCAGUCCAGGCCAUUUCUUCCAUAUUCCAAUUCUAUGACUUUACCCACCAGGAAGAGCCAGAAAGAACCAACACCACCUCUUCUAAAAAAUCCACAAAUGCAUAGUGGAACUACAACUGCUGUCCAGCCAGAAGUAUCCAUCCAGAGUGAAGAUUUAGCAAGAUCUUUAUGUCAGAGAUCAAGGAUCAAUGUGAUAUACAAUCCCAUAACACACAUUGCUAUUCAAAGUAAUGCAAAUUCUGGUGCUGUGAUCAGGAACCAUUCUGCACCACAUCAUCAACAGGCAAAAACUUCUAACAACGGAAAACCAGGGAGACAAAUCACAUGGACAAAUGCAAAUACUCAGCUACUUCCUAGAAGUGUACAGAACCUCUGUAAUAAUCCAAGAAAUACUCAGUUUCACAGCAAAGAUGUCCGUCCCCUUCUGAAAUCCAGUAAAAAGAUGUUCCAGGUUACUGCAAAUAUGGGAGCUGCUGGUGAUCCAAAAGCAUCAAUGGGCAGUUACUCCCAGGCCUAUGGAACUAUAUGUAAAUCUGCACUGCAGAGUCUUCCAAUAUCAAAUUCUGCACAACAACAUGAAUAGUGAAUAUGAAGAGUCCUAAACAGGUGAAAUACAGCUUAUCUCAUCAAUCCCCUAACUCAGCCAGUAACAACAAGUAAGAGCCAAAUAUAAAUGGCAUUUGACAGUUACCCCAGCUGAAGAGAAAUGCUUUAUUCAUUGCAUGGAACAAUGUACCACCUUCCUUUGGACAAACCAACAGGGAAAAGAAUCUAAUCUCUUUGCCUUACAGUCUUCCCAGACAAGGACACAGAACUAUUUGCUCCCCUAAUCUGAGAACACUGAAUACUGUCAGUUCAUAUUCCUCAUUUUAAUUAUUGCAAAAAAAUUACAGAAGGUUGCAAUGUUUUAAUGCUUGACUAUCUUUAGACAUAUUCAGGUUUCUUUAGCAGCUUCAGGUGCACUGCCUAAGUCCAGACUUUUUUUGAGCAGAAUAAGUAACUAACUGUUUGCUGAAGGCCAAGAAGACUGAACAAACCCUUCGCAGGUAACAUUAAAGCCCUUCAUACACUAAUUUCUAUAGGACUCUUUCAUGGUAAAUGAAUGAACCUGAAUAAACAAAAAGUUAAUGGUGGCCUACUUCAACAAAAUCAAGUAGAUAAGUAUUUUAAAUAUAUGUGGAUUCUGUUAGAAUAUUGAAUACCCUACCUACCAUGCAUUAAUAUAUUUUGUAAGUGUUGCAAUAAUAAAUUCUUUAUAUUGCACUACAGAAAAAAA